AUGGUGAUAUUUGGUAAUGCUGGUGGCUCUGCAAGCCGGAUGCUCCAGAGGGGCCUGUGGGGACUGAUGCUGGUCUUGUCUGUAGUCAUAUAUGGCUCUCAUGCUCCCCUCCUGACCAUGUGCAAGGUGGAUGGGAAGAUCCCCUUCAGCUCCACAUCUGUUGUGGUUCUUAUUGAGCUGACAAAACUGGUGUUCUCCCUCAUGUUCCUGCUGACCUGGAAUCGGGAGCUGCUGGGAGUCGCCAUGUCGUGGCACCACGCUGUCCCCUUCGCCCUCUCUGCCCUGCUUUAUGCUGCCAACAACAACCUGGUGGUUCACAUGCAGCUCUUCAUGGAUCCCAGCACCUACCAGGUCUUGAGUAAUUUAAAGAUUGUCAGCACCGCACUCCUCUACAGCCUCCUCCUGCGCAAAAGACUGAGCAUGCGCAAAUGGCUGGCGCUUUUCCUGCUGGUGGCUGCUGGGGUGAGCUACAGCUGUGGCGGCCUGCAGGAUCCUGGCAGCCCCUCCAAGAUGCAGCUUCACAUCACACUGGUGGGCUUGUUGCUGAUCUCUGUGUACUGCCUGAUAUCAGGCUUGUCUGCUGUCUACACGGAAGCCAUUCUGAAAACCCAGGCACUGCCUCUCAGCCUUCAGAACCUCUUCCUUUACUUCUUUGGGGUCCUGCUCAACUUGAUCGGCUACUUCUGGAGCAGUGCAGAGGGCAGUUUCUUGGAGGGCUUUUCCUCCUGGGUGCUGGUGAUUGUGGUCAGCCAGGCCUUGAAUGGCUUGAUCAUGUCUGUGGUCAUGAAGCACAGCAGUAACAUCACCAGGCUUUUCGUGAUCUCCUGCUCUGUCCUGGUCAAUGCCCUCCUGUCCAUCACCCUCUUCAACCUUCAGCUCACCCUCCUCUUCUUCAUUGCCAUCUCAUGCGUCAGCCUCGCUGUUCAUUUGUACUAUGGAGUUACAUAGAUGCUGCCUUCCUGCCCUGUGUGUGCCAGGGCAGUCUUCAGUUGUUCCUCAGGGGUGUUUAGUGCUUGGGGUUAGAAGCACAGCAGUAGUCUGGCCAUCAGCCCACCUGCCCUGUUGUUUGCAGGGAGUCGUUGCUGAUGGGUGCAUGAAAGACUAGCAAGGGGCCCCCAGUGGAGGAGUGCUGAGGGGGACUGUCCUGGUUCCUGAGGGUAAGCUGAGCCCUGCUCCAGCCCAGCUGGGCUUUGUCCCACAGAGUUCCUGCACGAUUAGGUGGGCCCAGCCUCAAGGGUGGGUCCUGAGCACCUCGUUCACGUGGCAUAUCGCAUUCUCAAGCUGCUUCCCCCAUCUUCCCCGCACCAAAGAGUGCACCUGUUUCUUGUGCCUGUAAAUGCUCCUGCACUGGUUAGCUCCACUGUGCUGUGGGCUCUGUGUGCAGGCAGCCCUGCUGCACAACUGCUACCUGGCCAGCGUUGGUCUGAUGCUGUUUUGACUCCUGUGGAUGGUGCUUCCCCAUGGCAGGGCGGCUGUGUCCAUCUCAUGUGCCCAUCUGAUCCCCAGCCCUUGGCUUCAGGGGAGCUUUGGUGCUGUGGGAGGUGGCCCCCUGUGUGGCUUGUGCCCCCUCAGAGCCUCUAGUGAGGUGGGGAAGAGGGUUUUUCCCUCUGGGUCUGUAGAGGUACUAGCCAUCAGCAUGGGGCUAGGUGAUGCUGCCGGAAGAGCCUCGUGCUGUGGCCAGAGGCGCUUCUCCCACCUCUCUCUGUGUUUCUUCAGCCCGUCCCUUGCUCCAGCCCCUGGCUGAACGGCUGCUGUCCUUAGGCCCUUCUCAAGCAUAGUGUUGCUGCUCUGUGCAGAGCAGAUGGGGAAAAGGGGAGAUGUGAGAACUGUUUCACCUGCUCCCCAAAAGUGAGGCAGCACCUGAAUUUGUACCAAUGCUGUGAGUUCCUCGCAGGCAGAAGUCACUGCUGGCUCUGGCUGGGGUUAUUAAAGUUGUAGUUCAACACCA